CAGUAACUCAGUAUGUCGAUAAAUACCGGCGAGUGUAGGUGCAGGUGAUUUUAAAAACUAAAAACUAACGAUUAUUUAUUAUCCAAUAAAUUUAAAAUAAUAAUAAUAUAAUUUAGUUUUUUGUCGUUAUUAAAUUACUGGAGUAAUAUUUUACUGUUUUAAUUAAUAAUGUCACUGGAGCUCUAUCAUAUGGAAGAAAGCGGACCAUGUCGUGCUGUUCGACUUGUAAUACAAGCUCUGGGUCUUGAUGUUAAUUAUACAUUGGUUAAUAUAUUAAAUGGAGAACAUUUAACUGAUGAGUAUCAACAACUGAACCCUCAGCAAACUAUUCCGCUAUUGAUUGAUGAUGAUUAUAAAUUAAGUGAAAGUCGUGCAAUAAUGUGUUACUUAGUGGAUCAGUACGGUGGUGAAGAAAAUCAACGGCUGUAUCCAACAAAUCCAAAAGCUCGUGCAUUAGUUAAUGCACGUCUACAAUUUGACGCCGGAAUUUUAAAUCCAUCAGUCGCAAAUUGCUAUUAUGGAUGGCUGUUUAGAGGACAAGAUGGUUAUGAAGAAGAGAAACACGAUAAAGUGAAGGAGGCAUUCCAAGUGCUGGAUAAACUUGUUGAGGGGCAUGACUACGUCGCUGGACGAAAUUUAACGAUCGCCGAUUUAGCUCUGAUCGCAACUGUUUCAACAGCCGAAACAGUUGGCUUCGGGCUCGACGACUAUAAGAACGUGAGUGAGUGGGCGGAGAGGGUGAAAAGUUCUGCCCCAGGAUACAGAGCUGCUAAUGGUGAGGGUGUCGAGUUGUUGAAAAACUAUAUGACUCAACCAGAUGAUAAUAAUGACAAUGAGUGAAUAAAUUAUUAUAUUUUGCAUUCACUCUCCUCCUCACCCCUUUCCUUUUUUCAACUCACUAUCUUAUCUAUACACAUAUAUUUUAAUACUAGUUUUGUUGAUUUUUAAAGCCACUUUAUUCACUUAAUAAAUUAUUUGCGUAUCAAUAUCGUC